AUGAGUUUGAAAAAAGAAAGUUUUGGUUCAGAAAUUAAAAGACUUGCGUCGGAACGAAAGAGACGAAGGGUGCAAGAAAAGCGCGCCAGGUUGGAGGAGAAGAAACUUUUUUUGGAAGAGCAGGGCCGUCGCGUCGACGAAAUUAAGGAUAAACUUUUAUCUGGAAAAAAUUGGGAAAUUUUAUGUCGUAGGGUGGAAAUGGAAAAGAAGAGUUUUGAAUUCAGGUUGGAUCUGGAAAACGAAGAGAGGGAGAAUACGUGCGCUUUGCGAAAAAUUCUCGGUUAUGAUCGUUAUCUGGAAGAUGGUGGUUACGACGAGAUCGAAAUACUCAUCUGUCCUAAUGAGGUUGAUAAUACGGAAGAGGAAGUGGAAAAUUAUAUAAACAAUGGAACUCUGGUGUAUGGAUAG